GCGGGGUGGAUCGCGCGCCGCCGUCCGUCUGCGCUCGCGCCGCAACUCAUUUGUCCCGUAACGCGGGUCGCGGCUCUCGUGUGAAAGAGCGGUGGGAGAAAAGCCCCCCGCUCCCCGCCGUGGCCGCUCCGCCCACAUGCUUUGCCUCGAGAAGGUGGGCUGCAACCCCCCCGCGUCGCUUUCCUCCCCCCGCUCGCCUGGCCGCCAGUGGUAGCGCCUCGGUUCUAAAGGCGCUGUCACGCGGACCGAGAGCCUCGAGCGCUCCGAGUGCCGCCCGCCACCGCGCGAUGUGAGGACCGUCGCCCCGCAGGAGCCCGGGUCACGAGUCACAGGACCGUCGCGCAGCUGCGCACGCGAGCCGAGAGCGCGCAGUGCGGGUUCGGGACAGAGCGAGGAAAGAGCGCCGCUGCCCUGAAGAGGUGCCCCCCCCUCCCGCUGUCCCCCCUCAAGCGGAGAUGCCCAUCCAGAGGACCGUGUCCGGUCUCCGCUCGCGAGUGGAAGGCUACGAGAAGACGGAAGAUGCCUCGGAGAAGACCUCCUUGGCAGACCAGGAGGACACCAGACUGAUCUUCAUCAACCAGCCGCAGCUCACAAAAUUCUGCAGCAACCGCGUCAGCACUGCCAAGUACAACGUCCUCACAUUCCUGCCCCGCUUCCUCUACUCCCAGUUCCGAAGGGCGGCCAACUCCUUCUUCCUCUUCAUUGCGCUGCUGCAGCAAAUUCCAGAUGUUUCUCCUACUGGCCGCUGGACUACUCUGGUGCCCCUCCUCUUCAUCCUGGUGGUGGCUGCAGUGAAGGAGGUCAUUGAGGAUCUGAAACGUCACAAUGCAGACAGCGUCGUGAACAAGAAGGAGAUCCAAGUGCUUCGAAAUGGAGCAUGGGAGAUAGUCCACUGGGAGAAGGUUGUGGUGGGCGAUAUAAUUAAAGUAAAUGGCAAGGAGUUCAUACCUGCCGAUGCUAUCCUGCUGUCAUCCAGUGAGCCACAAGCAAUGUGUUACAUUGAGACAUCUAACCUGGAUGGUGAGACCAACCUGAAAAUUAGACAGGGCCUACAAAUCACUGCAGACAUCAAGGACAUCGGGAGCUUGACCCGCCUGGCUGGCCGCAUGGAGUGCGAGAGCCCCAAUCGCCACCUCUACGACUUUGUGGGGAACAUCCGGCUGGAGGGUCACAGCACCGUCCCUCUAGGUCCAGACCAGAUCCUCCUGAGGGGAGCCCAGCUGAGGAACACGCAGUGGGUUCACGGCAUCGUGGUCUACACUGGCCACGACACCAAGCUUAUGCAGAAUUCAACCCAGCCACCCCUGAAACUGUCCAAUGUGGAGCACAUCACCAACUUCCAGAUCCUUGUGCUAUUCGGCUGCCUGCUGGCCAUCUCCCUGGUGUGCUCCAUCGGGCAGUCCAUCUGGAAGAGUCACCAUGGCAACUCAGCCUGGUACAUGGACCUCAGCUAUGGAGGUGCUGCCAAUUUUGGCCUCAAUUUUCUCACCUUCAUCAUCCUCUUCAACAACCUCAUCCCCAUCAGCUUGCUGGUCACUCUGGAGGUUAUCAAAUUCGUUCAGGCCUACUUCAUCAACUGGGAUGUGGACAUGCUGUAUGAAGCAACCAACACGCCGGCUAUGGCUCGAACCUCCAACCUUAAUGAGGAGCUGGGACAGGUGAAAUACGUAUUUUCAGACAAAACGGGAACCCUGACCUGCAACGUAAUGCAGUUCAAGAAGUGCACCAUCGCGGGCAUCGCCUAUGGCCACUGCCCCGAGGCUGAAGAUUAUUGCCGUGCGGACGAAGACCGGCAUGGCACCCCUGUGGACGAGGAGGGCGGCUUCAGCGAUGCCAGUCUGCUGGAGAACCUGCACAGCAACCAUCCCACUGCCCCCAUCAUCCUGGAGUUCAUGACCAUGAUGGCUGUGUGCCACACGGCGGUGCCCGAGAGGACGGGCGACAAGAUCAUCUACCAGGCCGCUUCUCCAGACGAAGGGGCGCUGGUGCGAGCGGCGCGGGACCUGGGCUUCGUGUUCACAGGGAGGACCCCAGACUCGGUCAUCAUCGAGGCUCUCGGUGAAGAGGAACAGUACGAACUCCUAAACGUGCUCGAGUUCACCAGUAACCGGAAGAGGAUGUCAGUCAUCAUGCGGACCCCAUCCGGAAGGAUCCGGCUCUACUGCAAGGGAGCGGACUCGGUCAUCUAUGAGCGGCUGGCUGACACCUCCCGGUACAAGGAGAUCACGCUGAAGCACCUGGAGCAGUUCGCAACUGAGGGUCUGCGCACGCUGUGCUACGCGGUGGCGGACGUCCCCCAGGCGAGCUACCUCGAGUGGCUGGAGGUGUACCAGCGCGCCUCGACCGCGCUCAACAACCGCGCCCUCAAGCUGGAGGAGAGCUACGAGCUCAUCGAGAAGAACCUGCAGCUGCUGGGAGCCACGGCCAUCGAGGACAAGCUGCAGGACAAGGUCCCCGAGACGAUCGAAACGCUCGUGAAGGCGGACAUAAAGAUCUGGAUCCUGACCGGCGACAAGCAGGAGACGGCGAUCAACAUCGGACACUCUUGCAAACUGCUGACGAAGAACAUGGGCCUGGUGGUGGUCAACGAGGGAACCCUGGACGGCACAAGGGAGACCCUGAGCCGCCACUGCGGCAUGCUGGGAGACGCCCUCUACAAGGACAACGACUUUGCCCUCAUCAUUGACGGCAAGACGCUCAAGUACGCGCUCACCUUUGGAGUGCGGCAGUACUUUCUGGACCUGGCGCUGUCCUGCAAGGCCGUCAUCUGCUGCAGGGUCUCCCCCCUUCAGAAGUCCGAGGUGGUGGAAAUGGUGAAGAAACAGGUUCGGGUGAUCACGCUGGCCAUCGGCGAUGGUGCCAAUGACGUGGGAAUGAUCCAGACGGCCCACGUUGGCGUUGGGAUCUCUGGGAACGAGGGUUUGCAAGCAGCCAACUCCUCCGACUACUCCAUUGCGCAGUUCAAGUACCUGAAGAACCUCCUUCUGGUCCAUGGGGCUUGGAACUACAACCGAGUGGCCAAGUGCAUCCUCUACUGCUUCUACAAGAACAUUGUGCUCUACAUUAUUGAGAUAUGGUUCGCCUUCGUGAACGGCUUCUCUGGUCAGAUCCUGUUCGAACGCUGGUGCAUCGGCCUGUACAACGUGAUCUUCACCGCCCUCCCUCCGCUGACACUGGGGAUAUUUGAGCGCUGCUGCAGGAAGGAGAACAUGCUGAAGUAUCCUGAGCUCUACAAGACUUCCCAAAAUGCCCUGGGCUUCAACACCAAGGUGUUCUGGGCUCAUUGUCUCAACGGCCUCUUCCACUCCGUCAUCCUCUUCUGGUUCCCUCUGCAGGCCUUCCAGCACGAUGCCGUGUUUGGGAGUGGAAGGACGCCAGACUACCUACUUCUAGGGAACAUGGUUUAUACAUUUGUCAUCAUAACCGUGUGCCUGAAAGCUGGACUGGAAACUUCCUCGUGGACCAUGUUCAGCCACAUUUCCAUCUGGGGCAGCAUCGGCCUCUGGGUCGUCUUCUUCGGGCUCUACUCGUCUCUGUGGCCUCUCGUCCCGUUGGCUCCGGACAUGUCCGGAGAGGCAGACAUGAUGUUCAGUUCCGGGGUAUUCUGGAUGGGCCUUCUCUUCAUCCCUGUCACCUCCCUCGUUUUCGACGUGGCCUACAAAGUUGUGAAGAAGUCCUGCUUCAAGACGUUGGUGGAUGAAGUGCAAGAGCUGGAGGCCAAGUCUCAGGACCCUGGAGCAGUUGUUCAUGGGAAGAGCCUGACGGAGAGAGCCCAGCUCCUGAAGAACGUCUUCAAGAAGAGCACCGUCACAGUGUACCGCUCCGAGUCCAUGCAGCAGAACCUGCUCCACGGCUACGCCUUCUCCCAGGACGAGAACGGAGCGGUGUCGCAGUCGGAAGUGAUCCGGGCGUACGACACCACCAAGCGGCGGCCGGAAGAGUGGUGAGGCCCCGCCCCCCGCCGGUGCAGCCCCGCCCUUCGCCGGGGCCUAGCGCUCGCCGUGCGCGUGGAAGAAGGCCUCACGGAGGCGCGGCCGCGGUAACCUCUCCUUUCCUGUUGGCGGGAGUGCCGACGAACAAGCGACACCGGACUCGAGAGCAGAGGUUCGAAAAACGAGUCGCCAAACAUUUGAAGCCGACAUAGUGUACGUGUGUUUUCAGCAAACAUCAGCGCCGCGCUUGCGUCCUCCGUCUGUCGUUUCAAGCGUACCUCUUUCGUCACGCAGCCAGCAUAAAGGAGGUGUUCUUGUGCUUCUUUUCCCCUUAACUGUUAGAACUUGUCGAGUGUUUCGAGGCCGCGGGGUUGAGAUUCGCGAUGUCGUAAAAGCCGUUCUUGAGUCCGCGAAUGCUUGGGCGGGACUCCUCCCGUGGAAACGCCGGUUCGCGCACAGGAUCCAUGGAAAGGAAGCGGAGGAGAGCAGGGGUGCGAUUCCUGUCGACGGAAACGUGAAGCUGCAAAACUGCCGUGUCUAGAUUGCCAAAGAGGCGGCGGCGUGGGCAGCGGGUUCGCCGGACUGGACCGAACCGGGAGGGAAAAACUCGGUAACUGCAAACGUCCUGAAGCCGCUCGGUUGUUUUCACGGAGUCUAACGAUGAAUGAAAAUUUGUACAUUGUUUUUGUCGUCGUGUUUUUUGGUUGUUUGCACUCAACAUUUAGAAGCAGCUGUGGUGUAACACCAGGGCUUUAGUGUAUUUGUGAAGGUCUUUGCCUUUGGUAUGUUUUAAUUCUAGAAGUGGGUUGUCUCAGUGCCUGGCUUUGAUUUUUCCUUUUUUAACCAUCACUAAAACACAGUAAUAGCUGAGCUCAGCGGUCUCACCUUGCGUCGACGGUGCGACGCGACGUUCGAAAGGCUCCGAGCCGUGAGAUGCAUUCCCAGAUCACACGAGUGCCUGUCACGUGUCCCGCGAGGCGCUGCGUGGGUCGGUGGGGGGCGGACGGCGGGGCGUCUUAUCUCGCACCCCCCCCCCACCCCCGCACGCUCAUUUGCAUUUCCCACGUUUCAUGUCUUUAACCAAACACAAUUAAACAGAAUUCAUUUCUUGAAGCAUAAGUGCCAUUAAACCUGGGGAAAAUAAAAAGAUCCGAUACCGGCAGCAUACUAAUUACUACGUCUCUAGUGAAUUCAUAUUUUUCUACUGCGAAAGUACACAUUUUACACUUGCGUGCUUCUGUGACUUGUCUAGUAGGAAGGAAUUUUGUCCAUUUCUUUCCAGACUGACGUAUGUUUCGACCUGAAAGAAUGGUGGUUUUCGGUGCGUUCUCGUAUUGUUGUUUUUGCUGUUAUUAUCGACUAUUAUUGUUAUUAAUAAUACCUAUGCUGCAAAUUUCGUUUGAGUUUUGUCUGUGGGUGCGUUCUUCUCUCCCUAUGGGAGACGUCCUCGUGUUUGUGCUUGGGUGCGUGGAGGCCAGCUGUGCGUAAAGCCUACUCUGCUCUUUAUUCUACGUGUUGAUCUAUAUGCAACGGUGUAUCGCAAACGUGGAGCAUGGUAAUACUGGGUGUCGGUGCGUGUGCGUACGUGCAGCUCGGUCAGCAUGGCCCCCGCGAGAUGUUGAGGCGUCCCUCCCUGCGGCCGCGGCGUCAUCCGCGUGGCCUUCGGCGUCUCCGACUCCAGGUCGACGCUGCCGGGGGGGGGGGUGAACUCCGCGCUUGAGUUCGUUUCAGCCGCGCGCAUCUACCGCAGUGGCUCUCUUCUGUUGUCAAAAGCAUGUUUCCAUUUUGGACAGCGUCUCCGUGGAGAUGCAUCUUGUACACUCGUGAGGCCUUUCACCCUAACAGAUUUUCAAUGGCUUUGCACAAAUGACAUAUUGUGGAUUUAACAAAGAAUCACCGGUAAUACUUUGGACGUGAGCGUCGCAAUGUUGCUUUGCUUCCCGAAAAUCGCUUCGCGUCACUCGAUCUUUCCGUUGGCCUUUGUGUCCGCGCCCGCCCUUCCUCAUUUUCUCCAAGUGCGUUUGCGAAUGUUGCUACUCGAACAUGAAGCAUGGACUCGACGCGGGAACUACGGGUUGGGGGAAAAGCUCGGCUGCAGCUCUCCAGAAUGUGACGUCUGUGGAACUCGGUGACUGCAUGACUGGAAAGUGUUGUUCAGUUCGGUGUUAUGAUGAUGCACUUUUUCAACUUGGUUGUUUUGUUCAUUCUUCCUUUAUUUGUCCCAAGUCAGUAAUUUUACUUUGUGAUUCUAAUGCAUGUAACAAAGGCUACUGCCACAAAUGAUUGACUGAAAUAAACUUUACAA